AUGUGCGCAGCGCUGGUCGGUGGAUCUGAGAUCGGCAGCUCCAUCUGCCCCAAGUGUGCGAAGGUGUCCAAGGUCGAUGCCGCUGAGUACUUCGCCGUCGCCCUACCUGUUCAAGCGGGAGAGCUGUAUAAGCGAGAUGUUGGGCUACUUACUCUCUGUCCGCUGCCCAGCAACAACGUGAAGCACAUGACGUUCGCCAACUUGACGCUGGGCAACAACGCUGACGAGCAAACAGAAGACUGCGAAGACCCGGCCUAUCCGGGCGAGGAGCCGCCGCUGCUGCACGGUUGUCGCUCACUCGAGUCGGACAACGACCGCGGUCUCAAGGAGCAGGAUCCGGCUCCGUGCGAGGACGCGAGCACCACCAAAGAAGUUGCUGCUUCGCGCGUGGUCGUGGUAUUUGAACCGAGGUGACCUUUCCCAGUGUGAUCUACAACAGUACGCGAUUCGAGUGUGAAGAAUUGUCACUGUGAAUGUUGUUGUAUUGAUAUGAAGUUAACAUGAAUGAUUGCACUGUUCAACCGAA